AUGGCAGCUCUCUAUGGAAAGAAAGAUACUUUUGAAAUGCUGAUGGCAAAGGGAGCUGAUCUCACACUGACAGAUGACAACAAUAACAAUGUACUUCAUCUGGCAUGUCAGGGUGGAAAUAGGUUCAUUCUAGAACGCCUACUGCCGUUAUUUGACAUUAAUUGUCGGAGAAAUGAGGGUUUGACAGGAGUAAUGAUGGCCGUUCUCUGUGGAAAGAAGGAUACUUUUGAAAUGCUUGUGUCAGCGGGAGCUGAUCUCACACUAACAGAUGACUUCAAUAACAAUGUACUUCUUCUGGCAUCGAGUAAAGGUGGGAACAUGACAAUUGUUGAAGAUGUCAUUGAUCUCUUUGACAUUAACACAAGAGGAGUACAUGGAUGCACUCCACUCUUGGAGGCAGCUAGCGGAGGCCACAUGGCUGUCGUUGGCUUCCUUGUGUCCCGCAAAGCUGACGUCAAAAUGGUGGAUAAUUCGGGAAAUAGUCUGCUACAUGCGGCUUGUUAUUAUGGCCAUCUUGGUAUGGUGAAACAUGUGAGGUGA